UCAGAUACAACACUAUUGAUAAAUAGCUGCUUGCUGAUACAUGUGCUGUACGUGCAAUCGUCUGCCUUACCAUUGGUGUGAAACAAUAGCACAGGAAGCAAUUAGGGUCCAGGAAUCAGCAACAAUAUUUCAUGUAUAGCAGUCUAAGGGGGGCAGUGAUACAGAGUAAUCAGCAGAUGCCGAAGGGGAGGGAGUGCCACUACCUGAAUGUAACUCUGGUAGGUAAACAUAAGGAUGUUUUACUUGAGAUAAAGCCGCCACACUUUCCCCAUUUCUAAAUUCAUUUACUGUAUAUAGUAUACACUCAUAAUACUAUAUUUGCAGUGGGCGACUGAACAUCUUUUUGACCUACAUCCUAACAUACUGUAUAAAAUCUGCAUCUCCUUGUGGCAAGGCAGGUUCAGUGGUGAGCAAGAUUGGUUUGGACAGAUGUCCAGGGUCGCUGGAAUUAGGGAUGCCGGGGGUGCAACAGCUUUGCAUGGCUUCUAUCAUAUACCGGGGUUACAGUUUUGUUCAUUGCUUUCAGCAGCUACACUUUAAAGAUUGUUCCAGUGCCAUUGCAGAAGCCUGGUAGGAGUAGUGCUGCCCACCACCCAUCAAAUAGGAUUAGUAAGUUUAAAGUUCUGCCAGUAAACCUCAUCUAAUAUGGUAACCCUGUAUCAUGUUGACAUUGUUUUGACCAGGAUGGUCACACAAGAAACGCCCCACGUGUAUUGUGUGACCAGGCCUUCAGACUAGGGAUGGAAAACAGAACAAGGUCAGAAGAGAAGAGCUGUUCCCAGAACAUCCCUUAUAACUCCAUGCCUUUUUCAAGCUCCCUAAUUUCAGGGGUCUGUUAAUAAGACAUAGUACUCAUAUGUUUUGUAAAAAGUGCCAAUAUUAUGAGUAAAUGAAUACAUUCGUUAAUGCAAUUGAAACACACACAUGACAUACAGACAUACCACUUAAGCUAAUUAAACCUGCAAGUUCAGCGCCAACACUGCCCCUAAAAUAAAUGGCCGCCAUGGUAACGGUUCUUAGGUAGCUGCGCCAAUCAGAUAUUACAUUCAACACGUAGUAAGUGUAUCAGCCAAUAGAAGCGAGCGAUAUUAAUAUGUGAAUGAGGUAUUGCUACAAGAAGAGGCGGGGGCUUAGGGAAACUAAUUAUCGCCAGUGGGUGUACAGUAAAACAGUUGCAUUGCUGGUGUGCUCGCCUCGAACUGUAAAUGCAAAAACGGGAGGAUUUGCAUGAUUUUAAGACCCCCAAAACACAGGCAGCCUGAAACAUGACACUGACGAGAGGAUCCUUCACCUACUCCAGUGGGGAGGAGUAUCAUGGCGACUGGAAGGAAGGUCGAAGACACGGGGUUGGGCAGUUAAAAUUCUCCGAUGGUACCUGCUAUACAGGACAGUUUGAGAACGGGCUGUUCAACGGCAGUGGAGUCUUGUCAUUUUCUGAUGGGUCAAGGUAUGAAGGGGAUUUUGCACAGGGUAAGUUUCAGGGGUGUGGAGUGUUCACUCGGUUUGAUGGGAUGAAGUUUGAAGGGGAGUUCAAAAGCGGACGUGUGGAGGGAUACGGCUUGUUGACAUUCCCAGACGGAGCUCACGGAGUCCCCCGGAACGAGGGAGUGUUCGAGAACAACAAGCUGCUGAAAAGAGAGAAGUGCCAGGCAGUGAUCCAGAGGGCGCACAGUGCAGCCAAAACAGCCCGCGGGCUGUCGGUAUGACAGCAAGGAGACAGCACCCAACAGGGACCUCAGGGAUGGAUGACAGGGUGGCACUUUGCUCUGUUUUUGUUUCUAUUCUGCUUGGUGCUCUGCAGUACUGCACUACAGUGCUCUGUCUCUCUGCAUUGCUUUGUGGUAAAGCCACUUUUUGCAUGGUUGGUUUUAUGGGGCUUAUCCUGCUGGGAGAGUAUCUACUCAAAAGGAGCGAUAUGGAGCAGAGGGUCUCCCCCUGCUUCGAAUCUCUAUAGGGCUUAUACUCCUGGGGCAGUCAAUCUCCUUAUAAUUUUCAGUGUGAUUCUGUUCUCUUGAGUUUUCAUUACAGACUCUAAUUGGUGAGUCUUAGCCCGUACAGAACAUCAGAACCACAGUCUAAAAGUGCUUAGCACAAGCCUGAUUUUAAACCCCAGAUAAGGGCUUUAUGACAUGCAGAGCUACAACACUGUGUCAUCCAUUGCUGACUGUUACAGCAUUCUAAUACAGACACUCUAACCUUUCAGCUGCUUAACGUGCAUUUGAAAUUUAAAUUAAUUUAUGGAAAAAAGCGUGAAUAGUAAUAUUAUUAUCAUUGUUCUUAUUGUUGCUGUUGUUAAUAUUAUUGGUAUUGUUGUCGACAUUAUUUAUUAAUGCUGAGGAAGCUUGCUUGAUUGUUUUUCACAUAGUCUGAAAAGAAAUACGUUUUAUGCUUGUAACAUUAACACACUUUUGCCUUAAUAUUGUGUUUUGUGUUCUGAAGGUGCAGCAUGUUAAUAUGGGGCUACCAGUCACUUGGUCUCCAGCCAAGUGGUUCUCUGCACUUACCUGCUUUAAGUAGGUAUUUGUUCUAAUCAGGUUCUUAGAAAAGAUUCCAACACAAUACAAAUUAUAUUGUCUCUGUAUCACACACAGGCUUGGGGUCAAUUUAUGUUUUUAAAUUCCAGUUCCUUUUUAGAAUCAAUUCCAAUUCCCAUUCUCUUUUAAUUAAUUCCAACACAUCACUGAUCAAAAUUGCAAUUUCGCAUUAUUCUGUUAAGAUAGUGGCAACACAUUACUUAAAUUGAAGUCACUGUUAGUCAAUUGCAUUUGCUUCAUAAGACGGCAGUUGAACAAUCACAAAAAUUAUUAAGUGUCUAAUAUAUCAAUAUCAAUUCCAAUUCCUUCGCAGGACUCCAGGUCAGACUUGUUGUCUUUUCACAAUGACUCAGUGAUCCAGUUAUAGAUAAGUCCACACUAGUGAUCAAGUUAUAUAAAUAAACAGGUUGAACCAGACCUGAAUUUGUAUUAAGAGCACCUAACAUUAACAAACUAACAUUCAUUAGUAGUUUAAUCAUUUUGUAUAAAAAAGCCCAGCCAUCUUGACUGGUAUAUUCAUUUAAAAUGGAUGUUCCAAGUCCUGGUUACCAAAGUGAGAUUCAGACUACAGCGUGACACAGCUCAGUCUGUUGACUCUUCCUCAUGACUACCCCUGCGUGACACGUUACAAGUAAAGGGAACUUAAAAGGGUUCCCAUGUCAAUAUCUAAUCAGGUUAAAGUCCAGUCUGACAUACCUUAGGACUGUAUUUGUGCCUGAAAGAAAAAGCGGUAAACAAAGUCAAGCAAAACAUAAUCCCACAGUUCUGAAGCCCGUGCUGUACACAGCCCACCUAGGCACAAAAUCAGAAGCAAAUGUCAAGAAUUUAAAAAAGUAAAGCCAAUGAAAAACACUGCAGUCUCCAAAGUGGAAAAUCUGAAUUUAAAACCCGCCUCUGGCUCAUUGUACCUAGUUAGAUUACAACAGCAGAAUCCGUCUGGAUCAUCCCAUCAUUUAAAACAUAACCCUGUAUAUUGUUCUUUAAACUGAGGCAGCCUUUGAUGUCCUUCAUUUAAAACAUAAACCCUCGGGCAUGUUUUGGCUAUGUAUAAAUUAUUAACCUGCAAGACUUUUUUGUAUUAAUUUUUUUUAAAUCAUCUUAUUUAUAGUAACCAGGAGUUGGAACAGACAUGACAAGCAUCAAUUCUAUACCAUACCAUAUUGACUGACUAUACCAUCACAUGUACAAAACAGUUAAACUACACAACAGUGUUAGUCCACGAUUUAAACAAUACUUGUGUGCAUGACCUCAUUGACAGAAUCAUAUUCCUUGGCCACAGCCCAUGUGUGGGUUAUGGGGGGCAGUUACUGCUGCUUUUAAUACAGAUAAGAAUAAUUGUUGUUUAAUUAUUAAUGUUGUAGAUUUCAUGUAGAAAACCUAUCCCUUCCCUCUUCUUCCACAAGCGUCCAAAUAUACAGGGCACUGUUUUUGUAGUUGGUGUGCUUCUAAUAUUCUUCAUGACCUUUUCUUUGAAAUAUUGCUGUGCUGCUGUUUGUGCCUUGAGCUUAAGCCUUGAAAAUGAUUCAAACCUUCCCCUCACCCCAUAAGCAAACAGAGGCCCAGUCCUCUUCCUGACAGCUCUACAAAGCGGUCUACACGGUUAUUGUUUUGGGAGGGGGGAUUUUGUGUGGGGUAGGGUUGAGCUAUUUAUGAAAAUGUUCACAUGCACCAUACACUGAGAGAGAUCACUGAAUUGCCUGCAGCAUUCACAGUGCAAAAGUUAUCAGGCCUCUGUUUUUAUUGCUAAGGUUUGGAGUUGCUGUUUGAGAACAGGGUUCUGAUUGUCAAAUGGUGGCUUUAAAAUCCAGGGAUGACCUUGAUAAGUGACUGCUGCAUCAUUUUUUUAAUAUUAUGUUUUUUUUCUAAACAGCAGUGCCCCCAUGUGGUUAAUCUGCUAUAUACACUUUAGAUGAAACAUGGAAUGUAAGAUUUAAAUAUUGUUCACAAAGACACUGAGCUUUCUAAGUUUUUGCAUUGUGUGCAGUUUGCUGUUAUGUGAAAGCUUUAACACAACUGUAACUAAGGAGUACUGAAAUAAAUACCUUUACAUUACAAAUA